CAGUGUUGGUUACAUAACCACAUUUAAAUGAAAUGAGCUGACGUUUGUUUUUCAUAACCUUACUGUUUCUUUGAAGGUUCGACCUCUUUCACCUUGAGUUCUGACAUAAUAUCUAUUAGACAUGGCGUCUAUAAAAUCUUUGACUUUAUUAGGAAAUAUUAAUAAAACUUUGAAUAGAAGAACCUUUUCCACUUCAAAUUUAGUAGCCUCCAAGCAAAUGACAGUAAGAGAUGCCCUCAACUCUGCGAUGGACGAAGAAAUGGAAAGGGAUGAGAAGGUUUUCAUACUUGGAGAAGAGGUUGCCCAAUACGAUGGAGCAUACAAAGUUACUAGGGGUCUGUGGAAGAAGUAUGGAGACAAAAGGGUUAUCGAUACACCAAUUACGGAAAUGGGAUUUGCAGGUAUUGCCACCGGAGCUGCUAUGGCUGGAUUGAGGCCAGUUUGUGAAUUUAUGACUUUUAAUUUUGCCAUGCAAGCUAUCGACCACAUCAUCAAUUCCGCAGCGAAAACAUUUUAUAUGUCAGCUGGUCGUGUCAAUGUACCUAUUGUGUUCAGGGGACCAAACGGAGCUGCAGCUGGUGUAGCAGCACAACACUCUCAGUGUUUUGCAGCAUGGUACGCUCAUUGUCCGGGUUUAAAGGUAAUAUCCCCUUACAAUUCAGAAGACUGCAAAGGAUUACUGAAGGCAGCAAUCCGUGAUCCUGAUCCAGUAGUAUUUUUAGAAAACGAAAUUCUAUAUGGUGUUCAAUACCCAAUGUCUGAUGAGGCAUUGAGUAAAGAUUUUGUUUUGCCUAUAGGAAAAGCAAAAGUACAAAGACCUGGAAAACACAUAACCAUUGUAGCACAUUCCAAGGCUGUAGAAACUUCAUUGGAGGCUGCAAAAGAACUAGCUGGUAAAGGUAUUGAAGCUGAAGUUAUCAAUUUACGAAGCAUUCGACCAUUGGAUACGGAAACUAUUGUGAAAUCAGUAGUAAAAACAAAUCAUCUCAUCUCAGUUGAACAAGGCUGGCCAACAUGUGGAGUAGGGGCGGAAAUUUUGGCAAGAAUCAUGGAGAGUGAAGCUUUCUUCCACUUAGACCAACCAGCAUUACGUAUUACCGGUGCCGAUGUUCCAAUGCCUUACACCAAAUCUCUGGAAACUGCUUGUUUGCCACAUGCGAAAGACGUUGUUGAGGCGGUUAAAAAAUUAUUGAAAGUAAAGUAAUUGGGAAUACUGAAUCAAAUGAGAUUCAGACUUCAAGAGUGAAGUUCAAAGUUAACUCAACAACGGUGGUACCUCUAUAUAACUGUUCAUUGGCUAAUUAAGGAUACAAGAUUGGUGGGCUUGUCAAAAAAAAUUCAAUAUAAUGGGGUGUGCAAAUAUUAAAGAUAUCAUGGUUCUUAUGUUAACUAUUGAUUCAAACGUAUCUUGGCGAAUGUUUGAUUUCAUUAUUAUUAAUUUCUUAAUAAUUUGGUGGAAAAAGCAUCAGAUGGCUUAAACGAAAGCCAUACUUUUCUCAUCAAUGAUUUGAAUAUUUAGUUCAUCUCCUAAGAAAUUACGUUUUCAACUGUCAUAUAUUUUCACUUCACAAUUGUGAGAGUUGACUGAAAUUAUAAAAAAGUAAAGAAAAAACAUCACUUGAAGUUAGUUUUCUUGUUUUGAAGCAGCUCAAAGUAUCUAUAAAACAACAAACAUUCACAGAUAUGAGAUACACCAAUAAAAGACUUACAAAUGAUACUUUGAUUUUUUUAUUGUGUACACAGAAAAAUAACGCUUGGUUCAAAAA